GCAUCUUUUUGAUGGUGUGUUAUUGCUUGGGUGCCUUUAAAUUGACGCUUCGGGAAAGCAGCGCUACCGGGUCCGGCUUGAGGAGGUCGUAAAGCCGGCCCAGCAGAGGCGGCUCCCAACCAACGCCGAAAUGCGCGCGCGCGCGCCCGAGCGAGCGCACGUCAGAGGCGCUGAGACGACGUGCGUAAAAGGCGCACAAGAGCGAAGCGAGGCGAGCGAGCGAGCAAACCAAUCAUGCUGGCUCGAAAAAGCAUUAUCCCGGAGGAGUUCGGCUUGCCGGGGCUGGCGUCCCGCAUGCCCCGCAAGCCGGUGUUCCGCGACCGCGUCAACAAGGCGCGCUUCAUCGCCAAGAACGGCUCGUGCAACUUGGCGCACAAGAACAUCCGCGAGCAGGGCCGCUUCCUGCAGGACGUCUUCACCACGCUGGUGGACCUCAAGUGGCGCUUCACGCUCGUCAUCUUCACCACCACCUUCGUCAGCAGCUGGCUACUCUUCGCCAUGAGCUGGUGGCUGGUGACGUUCGCGCACGGAGACCUGGACCCCGGACGUCUCGACGGCGCGCAUUGCGUCACCGGAGUCAAGUCGUUCACGUCGGCCUUCCUGUUCUCCAUCGAGGUGCAGGUGACCAUCGGUUUCGGCGGCCGCAUGAUCACCGAGCAGUGUCCCGCCGCCAUCACGGUGCUCAUCCUGCAGAACAUCGUGGGCCUCAUCAUCAACGCCGUCAUGCUGGGUUGCAUCUUCAUGAAGACGGCGCAGUCCAACCGGCGCGCCGAGACGCUCAUCUUCAGCCGCCACGCCGUCAUCGCCGUGCGCAACAACCGCCUGUGCUUCAUGAUCCGCAUCGGCGACCUGCGCAAGAGCAUGAUCAUCGGCGCCACCGUCCGCCUUCAGGUGGUGAGGAAGACGACCACUCCCGAGGGCGAGGUGAUCCCCAUCCAUCAGAUCGACGUCCAGACGGAGAGCGCCACGUCCAGCAACAGCCUCUUCCUGCUCGCCCCGCUCAUCAUCUGCCACGUCAUCGACAAGAACAGUCCGCUGUACGACCUGUCGGCCAUGGAGCUCCAGUGCAGCGACCUGGAGGUGAUUGUCAUCCUGGAGGGCGUGGUGGAGACCACCGGCAUCACCACGCAAGCCCGCACCUCCUACGUCUCCGAGGAGAUCCAGUGGGGCCACCGCUUCGUCCCCAUCGUCACCGAGGAGGAGGGCGUCUACUCCGUCGACUACUCCAAGUUCGGCAACACAGUGCGGGUGGCCACGCCCCGCUGCAGCGCCCGCGAGCUGGACGAGAAGCCGUCCAUCUUGAUCCAGAGCAUGCAGAAGAGCGAGCUGUCACACCAGAACUCCCUGAGGAAGAGGAACUCCAUGCGGCGCAACAACUCCAUGCGCAAGGGAGGCGGCGGCAGCAGCGGGAGCUUGCGACGAAACAACUCCGGCAUGCUCUCGCCCAAAGUCCAGUUCUUCACGCCGGCCGAGGGCGGUCAGAGCGUGAACGCCGUCACCUGACAGGAGGCCUGGGUCCUGCUGCUUUGCUUUCUGCGUGUGACCUCUGCCCCCCCUGGGACCUCUUCUUCUUUGUCUUGCCCUAACUUCAUUGGCAACAUUUCCAGAGCUAACACCUGCACCUGCAGAUACUGCAAGACUGAGAUGAGGGAGUUGCUUCCAGGUUGCCAUGGUUAUGCUUCACUCAGCAAUGAUGCAGAAAAAAAUAGAUAGCACUUUUUCUUUCCUUUUUUUCAGGCAAAAGUGUUGCCAUAGUCCUCAAAAUGAUCACUUUUUAUAAUAACCCAUUUUUCAGGAGAAAAUGUUGCCUUAUAAUGAGCCUCAUCAUGAUCACGAUUUGUCAUAAUCAAUGUUAGUCCAUUAAAAAAAACAAUGAAAUAAAUAACCAA